AAGAAAAAGUGCUCGGUUGGUGACGAGGUUGAAGCUUUUAAAGGUUUUCGUUUGGUGUUUCCAGCGACGGCGCAAACCAGUUUUGGGCGCACUUGGAUCGCACUGAAACGCCAUUUUUUGGUUUUUGUGAACGUCUUUUGGUUUGUAUUUAGAAUUUUCUUUUUUGACCAUCUUGAGCUCGGAUGCGGAUUUUUUGGGAUUUUCGAGCACGUGACGAAAGCUUGACUUUUGAGGUUUUGUCUCUUCCGUCGUCAUCCUGGCGUGUUUUGCGCAUGCGCGGGCGGCGCACCUCCGCGAAAUCUCGUCCAGGUGCGUUACGCACGCUGUGCGUGUGCGUUUUUUUUUUUUUUUUUUACCCACGCCCCCCCCCCCACUUCCUUCCAUUUUUUUUUUUUUUUUGGGGUGGGCGGGGUGCGAGGAUCAAUCAAGAAGAGCAAAACUCGCUCUCACGAGGCUUCGGGAGGAGCGGCGGGGAUGGUUCCGCUGUGAGCUUCGGCUUCGGGGGUCCCUCGGCUCGGACCCGCAAGCGGCCGGUCCCGAGAUGUUCUGGCAGCAGCAGCAGCAGCAGCAGCACCAGCAGCUCCCGGGCCGGGGCGUCAACAAGUGUUUCUCCAUCGAGGCUCUGGUCGGGAAGCAGCCCGUCCGGAGCCGGGGCGCCUCGGGCGAACCCAUCCGGCCCACCGCGCUCCGCUUCCCGCGAACGGCCGGAGCGGACCCGGCGGCCCGGCGGGAGGCCGGGCCGCACUCGUUCGGACGGCCCCAUCCCGGACUCGGCCUGCUCUACCCCCCCGCCUGGAUCCUGCACGACCACCGGCCCAACGUGCACGCGCGCGCAGGUGACGCCGGCGGUGCGGAGAAUCUCCUGCUGCACGGCGCUUUCUCCCGCAAACCCAAACGGAUCCGCACGGCAUUUUCGCCAUCGCAGCUUCUGCGUCUGGAGCGAGCCUUCGACAAAAACCACUACGUCGUCGGAGCGGAGAGGAAGCAGCUGGCCUCGGCGCUCUGCCUGAGCGAGACGCAGGUGAAGGUGUGGUUCCAGAACCGCAGAACCAAGCACAAACGGCAGAAGUUGGAGGAAGACUCCCCCGAGGCCCAACACAAGCGCUCCAAAGCCAGCCAGCACGUGAGCAGAUGGCGAGCCGCCACGCGGCAGAACGCCGACGACGAUGACGGCGAACACGUCGACGUCACCGGCGACCGCUGAGCCGACGGAAACGCCCGCGCUGAGUGGACGGCGUCCGUGUUUGUUGUGCACUCGGACCUAAAUGAAGGAGACGGAACGUUCUCGUGUUUCAAAUGUGUGUGUGUGUGUGUGUGUGUGUGUGUGUCCCCCC